CACAACAAAUGGCAUAGCACCUAUACAUUCACGUCAUUAAUACCAGCAAAUCCGCCACCAUGUCGUUAUGGGGAUGGCAUGUUCUGAUCAUACUCGCAGCUUGUGGCCAGUUCUUCAUUGCAUGUUCACCGUAUAGUUAUAAUGUCUUCUUUACCGAGCUACAAUUGGAGUUUGAACAAACUGCUCUCAUUAUCAGUUGGGUAGGCGCCUUGGGCUCAGGUCUAGUGUGUUUAGCAAGUCCACUGACUGCAAUAAUCGGAAGUAAGAUCGGCAGUUAUCGAUUGCUGCUUCUUGGUAUCGUGCUCCACUCAGCAGGGUACUUGGCUCUUUCAUUCUCACCCACCAUAGCGUAUUGCUUUGUGACGUUCAGUAUUACUGGAAUUGGUUCCUGCUGUCUGUUUUCUGCGAGUGGAAACUUCAUGCUGGAAUGGUUCUCGGGACGGAAGAACGUCUGUGCAGUAACUUCAGCCGGCACUACUGGAUCUUCUAUAGGUGUAAUGAUCCAAGGACCUGUUCUCACUAUACUAAGUGCUGCACAUGGCUGGAGAAAUUGUUGCAGAAUCUUAAGUGGUUUUGGCUUAGUUUUCAGUUUCUUUGUCGGAUUGCCGUUUUUAUCCUCCCCGAAGCAUAAACAACUCAAACUAUCUACGGAUAAGAAAACUCCAUCUGAUGAUCAAGAAAGAAGCUCCAAAGAAGAAAAGGUUGCGAUGGCAGACAGAGACAUCGAAGAGGAUGGAGAUUGUAAGACAUUCAAAGAUAAUGAAAAUGACGUUGCGGAAUUUAAGGAGAUAGGAACUAGUACUGCGAACAACGGGAACGUGUUGCUGAAUGUGGAAGUCUGGCUGUGGGUCACAUCCAUCACACUCUCCCAAUUUGGGUGGAGCUUUAUGAUUAUAAACUAUUCAAGUUUCGUGGAUACCAUGGGUCUUGAUACUGAUAAGAAAUCAGUGGCUCUCCUUAUCAUGGGUGCAGCAGAAGUUGGUGGGAAGGUCCUCUAUGCGGUGUUUGGAGAUCACCUGCCAUUUUUUAAAUUGUACGCCAUUGCGCUAUCUUCAGCCAUUGCUGCCAUUGUUUCUGUAUUCUUAACGAUAUCUUCUUCGUUUGGACAUUUGCUUGCCUUGUCACUGGUUUGGGGAAUGUUACGUGGAGUAAACUAUGGAUCCUGCUUUUCAGCAGCUGAUGAGCUAUUUCACUCUCUCGGGAGCCAUUCAGUAACGUCUGUUGUACUCUUUGGGUAUGGCUUGGGUGUUAUUUUAGGUGCUUCGGUUACAGGUGCUCUUUACGAUCUUACGGGUAAUUAUUCUCUCAGUUUGGUAGUCUUGGUCGCCAUUUUCUUCAUGUCAGCUUUGAGUAUGGUGACCAUACCAGUGAAGAGAAGACUGCAGAUCAAAUGCUUCACUGCCGUCAAACCAAAUGAAUAUAGGUACCAGACUGCUAAUUUCGGCGAGCAAACUGAAGUCAAAGCAGUUACCGUGUAGGGGCCACGUUUUGCGUAUUCGUUCAUCUGGAUACUGUACACGGAUUUACGCACGUUCUCUGAAGAUUUACGUAUGAUUUUUCGCUAACGAGAGGAAAGAAAGGCAAAACGUUUCCACAGACCAUGUUCAGAAAACGUUAAAGGACAGACGCAACAGUCUAAAUUGAAAGACAAAAAAAAGUGUAAAAACUCGAAACAGUAUUUUUGUACCCGAAGAAAUGACACGAUUGAUUCCGAAGUUCAGAGAUUUAAUGAAAAAUAAACACUGAAUUUAUAAAUCUCUAAACGUUUAUUAAAAGGAAAUUGACAGCAGUUUGUAUAUACAAAGACCUAAAGGUAAGGGCUUUCAUUUUGACACCACCAGGGCUUUCAUUAAACAUUAUACAGGGAUCCGAUAACCGUUGCCUUUUAUUUUGACAUAGUUGUCAAGACAAAUUAACCGCCUACGCAUUCCUCAAACAAGCCUGCGUAGAAAGAUACGCAUACAUGUUUUAUGCUCAAACUAAAUUCUGAGAUUUUCUUGCAAUUAGUAAGUUGUCUUUAAGUAUAUAAAUACUAUAAGGUGUUAUCAGGGUUGUAAAUUUUAUUAUUUAUAUAAAGCAAUUCAACCCUUAUAAUAGUUUUAAAUAUUUGAAUU